GAGGAAAAUGCCUCGGUAUGAUGAUCGUCGCAACAUUACCCGUCUGUAUGUUGGUCACCUAUCACCUAGAGUGAGGUCGCGUGACCUUGAGGAUGUCUUCAGCAGAUAUGGAAGGUUUAUUGGCCUUUUCCUAACCCGGAGGUCUAUGGUGAGAGGGUGUCUUGGUGGAUUUGGCCCAUUUUUAUAAUAUGAUGAUGAAUGUUCUAUUGAAAAUGGCAAGAUUCCGAAGUGGUGUUUAGUUAACCUGUGAGAGGCGAACACAGCCCUUUGCUACUGAUGUCAUGAUGGCCUUACUGUUUCUGGCACCCAUUUACGCAGAGUACGUGAUGUGGAUAUGAAGCGCGACUAUGCUUUUGUUGAAUUUAGUGAUCCUCGUGAUGCGGACGAUGCGCAAUAUAGCUUAAAUGGAAGGGAAAUAAAGGGAAGCCGUAUCGUCGUAGAAUUUUCAAAGGGGGUGCCUCGUGGUCCUGGGGGUUCUCGUGAUUAUCUGGGUAAAGGCCCUCCUCCUGGUUCAGGCCGCUGCUUCAACUGUGGCAUUGAUGGUCACUGGGCCAGAGAUUGCAAAGCCGGAGACUGGAAGAAUAGAUGCUACCGCUGUGGGGAGAGAGGCCACAUUGAAAGGAAUUGCCAGAACAGUCCAAAGAAAUUGAGCUUACAUGUUGACAGACGUGGUCGCAGUUACUCACGGUCACCAACUCCCCGACGCUACCGUAGUAGAAGCCGCAGUUACAGCAAGAGCCGUAGUAGGUCGAUGUCUCCUGCCAAGAGAGAUCGGAAUAAUGAUGAUGCAGGCAGAAGAUCUAGGAGCCCUCGAUACAGUCGCAGUCCCGAGAGAGCUAGGAGCCCUUCUCCUUUAAGGGGGAGGAAAAGGAGCCUCAGCCCUGAAGACAGAAGCCCGCGGGAUAGGGAUAACGGGUCUCCCAAGGUUCGCAAGUAUGCAAAUGGGUCUGAUUACAGUGAGAGCCCCCCUCGUGCAAGGAGCAAGAGUCCUGUCGAUGAACCAGAAGAGGAGGCUCGCAGAGAUUACAAUAGGAGCCCUGCUGAGGAAAAUGGCCGCAGCCACAGCCCAAGCCCUGUCAGAAGGGAUGAUGGGUCUCUGAGCGAAAAUGAGGAGAAUCGUGACUCACCGAGAGGGAGCGAGUGAGUAGGAAAGAUCAUUCUGAGAGGGAGCGAGUAGAAAGAUGAUAUUGUGGUAUUGUGCUGGGAACUAUGAGCUGUUCUUGCAUGGGUACAUACCUUUGAGACUCUAUUUGCCUCCAAAGACUUAGCUUCAGGAGAUUUACAUUUUGCGUUUAAAGAUUUUAUUAGACUUGGUUUUUUGUGGUUCUGACUUUUGUAAUUCUGGUUUUAUGUUUCUUAAACUACAUUUGUGUUAGCUAUGUGAGUCACAAGGAUUUAUUGGCCUUCUGG